UUGGGGAAAGGGAUAACCACCAUUUGCGACUCGAGAAUCUUUCCGCUCAUCUCCAAAAUAUCUCCCCUCUCUCUCUAGCGCCUGCACUAUCCCUUGCGUGGUUGUUAGUCUGUGAACUCGAGAGACCGAGCGAGGAAAUUUGUCGGGUGAGACCUGAGAAUCAGGGAGAUAUGGCUGGGAUUGGUCCGCUCAGGCAGGACUGGGAGCCGAUAGUGGUGCGGAAGAGGGCCCAGAACGCCGCGGACAAGAAGGACGAAAAGGCCGUCAACGCUGCCCGCCGCUCCGGCGCCGAGAUCGACACCACCAAGAAGUAUAACGCUGGAACGAACAAGGCUGCAUCUAGCGGAACUUCCCUCAACACCAAGCGGCUCGACGACGACACCGAGAACCUUUCCCAUGAGCGUGUUUCAAGCGACCUGAAGAAAAACCUUAUGCAAGCAAGGCUGGAUAAGAAGAUGACCCAGGCACAACUUGCUCAGAUGAUCAAUGAGAAGCCACAGGUGAUCCAGGAGUACGAGUCGGGCAAGGCGAUUCCGAACAAUCAGAUAAUUGGAAAGCUCGAGAGGGCACUUGGAGCUAAGCUGCGUAGCAAGAAGUAAUGCCUUGAAGUAGCCAAGCCCUGUCUAUUUGCUUUGCAUUACGUGUGCUAGGAGGCUGUUCCUGUUGGUUGAUACUGAAUAACCAUGCCACGGAACCACUUUAUGUAUCACCAUAUUAUCGUAUUCUAAAGUUUGUUGUCAUAUGUCGAGUGUAAGAGUUGCAUUAAACAUGCAGCCUGACAUGUUAACCCGUGUGGUUUAUGCCUGGUGUUUGUUACUGGCUUUUGCUAAUACAAGUGUCUAUUGUGAGGUAAUCACACAAAACCA